GUCAGAGGAAGUUGUUUAUGAGUGUUUGGUUGUUUGGGUGAAACAUGAUCUGCAUACAAGGAAACUAUAUUUCCCAACUUUGUUCAAACAUCUACGAUUGCAAUAUGUGGGAGUUGAUUACUUAUCCAAGAAUAUCAGAAAAGAGGAACUUGUUCGUGAAUUUCUUGAUUGCAGAGAUUUGGUUGAAGAUGCUUUUUAUUUUCAUAUCAAACCAGAUAUGUUUGAGAAACAGAAACAAAGAAAACAGUGUUACCCGUGCAAAGAUAUCAUAUUUGUUCCAAACGGGCAACAAAAUAUAGCAUGCUUCAAUGUGAGUGAACAAGAAUGGUCAUCACUAAAAGUUAAAGGUGUAUAUCACAACUAUGCUAUGUUUAUUGUUCAUGAUGAGAUGGUGUAUUGCUUUGGUUACAUCAAUGAAAAUAGUUUUAAUUUUGGAAGCAAUAUUUCAAAACGCUUCAAUGGCAUUGAAUGGGAAAACCUUGCACCGAUGAUAAACUGCCAUUAUGAAGCAGCUGUUGCUUCAAUACAAGGGAGAAUAUUUGUGUUUGGUGGCCUUUUAAUAGAAGCUCAAAGUAAUGUGGCCUGCGCUACAAACCGCAUCUCUAAAUACAAUCCUACCAACAACACUUGGACAGACGUUGGACACACUAAAACUUUACUAAGCAAAGCAGCUGCGGUUGGUGUUGGAAAUGUUGCGUAUAUUUGUGGCGGUCAUGAACAGGCAAACGGUGGACAAAGAAACCUUUGUGCCAGUUAUAUAAAGGUAAACCGUAGACCAAGAAAAAAAGAAACAGAUGCGUAUUCUCGUGGUGGAUAUGAACAUGCAAUGGCUGUACAAAGAAACUUACCAACAGGUUCGCUUGUUAGUAACAUACCAAUGUAAAGUAAGCACCACUUAACAUUUAAGUGCUUAAAAAUA